UGGGAGGAAACUUUGUAACAAGUUGUGACAGAAGACACAGAGGGAAGGCAGGCUGUGCAAAGCCAGGAGUUACACAGAUAUCAUGAGGGAGCACACGACGGUGAAGACCGAGCCGAAGGCCGGAUUCCUGGAGCGCCUCAGUGACACAGCCGGGGGAAUGGGGAUCGGCCUCAUCACCUUCUGCCUGUCCUUCUACCUUCUAUUUACCAAUGAGGGCCGGGCGGUGCAGACAGCGGCAUCCCUGGAAGAGGGUCUGUCUGUUGUAUUUACAAUCGGAAAUAUUCAAAGAGUGGACCCCAUGAAUGAGGCGAAACUGGUCCACGUCUCCGGAGUCCUGCAGACAUCUGCUCCGCUGUUUGAUCCGAACUACGGGGUUUCUGUGAGCUGCGUGAAGCUGAAGCGUCAGGUGGAAAUGUACCAGUGGGUGGAGCACGAGGAGUCCAGAGAUUAUGAAGAAAACGGAGAGAAGAAAACAGAGACGAGAUACACGUACAAUACGGAAUGGAGAUCAGAGGUGGUGAGCAGCAGACAUUUUGAUCGAGAAAUCGCCCAUCGCAAUCCCAGCGCCAUGGCAGUGGAGUCCUUCACAGCUGUCGCAUCAGAUGUCCAGGUUGGAGGUUACUACCUGUCUAAAGGUCUGGUUGAGAAGAUCGACAACUUCAAACAGCUGAGUCUGACGCAGAAGGGGAAUCCACAGGCUGAUGUCAUCACAGAAGGGAAUUACUUCUAUCACAGCGCCAACCACAGGAAUCCAGAGGUGGGUGAUCUGCGGAUCUCCUUCUGGUACGCCGGCGUUUCCAUGGGAAAUUCAUUUGGCUCAGUGGACAUGGCGAGUGUCAUAGCACGGCAGCGAGGGGUGGAGCUGGUCCCAUACAAAACCAAGUCCGGGGACCAGCUGGAGCUGCUCUACAUUGGGAGUCACACCGCUGAGGAGAUCUUCCAUGCGGAGCAUCAGAGUAACGUGAUGAAGACCUGGAUGCUGCGAGGUGCCGGCUGGUUCAUGAUGUUUAUGGGCAUCAGUCUUAUGAUGAAGAUCUUCUAUACGCUGGUGGACUGGUUCCCCAUCGUCCGUGAUCUCGUCAAUCUCGGCCUCAAACUGUUCGCCUUGUGUUUGUCCUCUUCCCUCUCCCUGCUGACCAUCGCCGCCGGUUGGUUCUUCUAUCGCCCUUUGUUGUCCUUACUCCUGAGCACGGUCGCGAUCGGCAUCAUAUUCCUCGCCCGAUCCCGUGUGCCAUCCAAGAAGCACCAAUAAGAAGAAUGCAUCUGCGGUCUUCGGUAUUGCUUAGAGCUUGACGCUGGUAAUGAGGUUACUGUACCUAGACUAUACCUCCGGGGUGGUUCAUGCAUUAAUGUAUUCUUUAUCACUAUGCAACUAAUUUUUUUAUACAUAUAGAUUGUGUUUUGUAGCUAGUUUUGUAUUUGGGUGUUAUUAUGGCUUAAAGGGGGUUG